AUGGCGGCCGCUCGGGCCCCCCUGGAAGCGAGGCCGGAGAUGCACGUCCGGGUGAGGGGGGGGGGCGGCUUUGCAUGCACGUCCGGGGCAGGGGGCGGGGUUCCCCCCCUCCCCGCGUUUUUCCAAAAGUUGCGACGGCAGCGGCUUUUCGUGCCCCGGCCCGGCCCCUCCUCGCAGCGGCGGCAGCGGCGCGGAAUGAAUAAAAUGGAUGAGGCAGCUGGUGAUUUAAAACAGGCACUUCCAAACGUGUGCGAUUCUGUCCAGUUACAUGUAGAAGUUCACCAGAAAUCAAACAGCACCUCAAAGAAAGAAGAUAUCAGGCUGAGUGUCUUAAAGCUGCUAAACAGACAUAACAUCGUUUUUGGUGAUUACACAUGGACUGAGUUUGAUGACGGUUUUCUGAACAACAAUGUGCAGUCUGUGUCAAUUGUGGACACGGAGCUAAAACUGAAAGAAAGACAGCCCAUUAACUUGAGCAAAUGCAAUCUCUCCAUUCAUAUUUUUCAUCUGAAUGACGAAGGACCAAGCACUGAAAAUCUAGAGGAAGAGAAUGAGAAUAUUGUUGCAGCCAACCACUGGUUGCUGCCUACAGUUGAAUUCCAUGGUCUUUGGGAGAGCCUUGUGUAUGACACUGAAGUAAAAUCGCAUCUACUUGACUAUGUGAUGACAACUUUACUGUUUUCUGACAAAAAUGUUGACAGCAACCUGAUAUCCUGGAACAGAGUUGUCUUGCUGCAUGGUCCUCCGGGAACUGGUAAAACUUCACUCUGCAAAGCAUUGGCUCAGAAGCUGACCAUUAGACUUUCAUACAGGUACAGGUAUGGACAGUUAAUUGAGAUAAACAGUCAUAGCCUCUUCUCUAAGUGGUUUUCUGAGAGUGGCAAACUUGUAACCAAGAUGUUCCAGAAGAUUCAAGAGUUAAUUGAUGAUAAAGAUGCUCUUGUAUUUGUACUGAUAGAUGAGGUUGAAAGUCUCACAGCAGCUCGUAGUGCUUUCCGAGCAGGCACAGAGCCUUCAGAUGCUAUCCGUGUGGUGAAUGCUGUAUUGACACAAAUAGAUCAAAUUAAAAGGUAUCCCAAUGUUGUAAUCUUGACUACUUCAAAUAUUACAGAGAAAAUUGACACGGCUUUUGUAGAUAGGGCUGAUAUAAAGCAAUAUAUUGGACCUCCAUCUGCUGCAGCGGUAUUCAGAAUAUAUUUUUCUUGCUUGGAAGAACUGAUGAAGCGUCAGAUAAUAUAUCCUCGACAGCAGCUGCUGACACUCAGAGAAUUAGAGAUGAUUGGUUAUGUAGAAAAUAAUGUGUCACGGCUGAGUCUUGUAUUAAAAGAAAUUGCCAGGAAAAGUGAAGGACUUAGUGGCCGAGUCCUGCGUAAACUUCCUUUUUUAGCACAUGCACUUUAUAUUCAAUGUCCUAACGUUACAAUGGCGGUGUUUCUUCAGGCUCUUUCACUUGUAGUGGACAAACAAUUUGAAGAAAGAAAGAAACUUGCAGACUGCUUUUGACAUUCUUGUUGUUGUUCCACAACUGUCUAGUCUCUAUGAUGUUCCUUGUUACCAC